AGCGCUGUUAGAGCAGGUGGGUUCUGCACAGUUCUCCUCAGCUUCGGACCCAAAGUUGAGCUGCAGGCUUGUGAGCAGGGGAGCCCCGAGGAAAAGCUGGUAGCACCUUAAGGGAAGAGUGGAAGACAUGGGUUGUUCCCUUCACACACCCACCACUAGUGAUAGGUGAAGCAGCUUCCCUCCUGUGUACCUUCCAUCUCACCCAGAGACAGGAUGACCUUCUAAGGCACGUUGCAGGGGUGUUUAUAGGUGGGAACGCUCCCUCCCCCACUCAUUUCCCACAAGUCUAAGGGUCAAAGAAGGGAGGAAAAGGCAGCUUUGGUCCUUCUGCUGUGUUCUGCCCUCUUAAAAGAUGAAAGCUGAGUCAAAGAGAACUGAGAGUGAGGGAAAUCUUCUCUCCAUAGAAGAAGUUUUUAGAAUCUUUGGCAAGCCACUGCUUCCACUUCCAGAUCCCUGGAGUGUUCCCAUGUCAUUACCCGAAAGUCCACCGGCAGCGAUGUCCAGAAAUGGGUAUUUUUUUGAAGAGACUGGUUAUCUUAAAUGUGACACCGAUGACGGCUGUGAGAACAAAGAAGAAGUAGGAGGAGAAGAGCUCUUUGACACUGUAAAUUCCUCAAUUGUUUCCGGGGACAGCAUCAGAUUCUUUGUGAAUGUCAAUUUAGAAGUACAACAGAAUGUAACUGUAGAAAGUGAAAGUGCUGGCUGUGUUUUAUUACAUACAUCUAGAAAGUACCUGAAGUUAAAGAAUUUUGAGGAAGAAGUCAGAGCCCACCGUGACCUGGAUGGGUUCCUGGCCAGAGCUAUCAUCAUACUGGAUGAGACAGCAACCUCCUUGGAUGAUGUCCUUCGAGAGAUGCUGAAACACUUCGCUGAAGAUUCUGACAACACAGAGCCAAGCUGCAACUUUGACAAAAUAAUGAGCACUUUAUUCACCGAUUCGGGAGCCCCCAGAGAAGGGAAUGUUCACCUCCUAUCCGAUACAAUUCAGGGGGUCACAGCAACCGUCACAGGGGUUCAAUAUCAACAGUCCUGGCUCUGUAUCAUUUGCACUAUAAAGUCUCUUCAGCGACGUCAUGUUUGCAUCAGCCGCCUGGAGAGGCCUCAGAACUGGGGGGAGAACUCCUGUGAAGUGAGAUUUGUCAUCUUGGUUCUUGCGCCUCCUAAAAUGAAAAGUACAAAAACUGCCACCGAAGUGGGCCGGACCUUUGCCACGAUGUUUUCAGAUAUAACUUUUCGGCAGAAGCUUCUAGAAACAAAAACCGAAGAAGAGUUUAAAGAAGCCUUGGUACAUCAGCGCCACCUGCUGACGGUGGUGAAUCAGAGACCCUCAGCCGUGAACGAGGGACACAAAACACACAGCCACAAGCCGCUCAAGUUGCAUGAGUUUUUCAAUGUUGGCAAGGGAAUAUUUGAUGACAUAGCACGAAGAUUUCCAGUGUACGCUUUGGACUUCACUGAUGGGAUUAUUGGGAAUAACAAGGCCAUAGGAAAAUACAUCACAACGAUGAUCUUUUUAUAUUUUGCCUGCCUCCUGCCAUCCAUUGCAUUUGGUUCCCUAAAUGAUGAAAACACAAGAGGAGUUAUUGAUGUGCAGAAGACAAUUGUUGGCCAGUGUAUCGGUGGACUUCUUUAUGCUCUGUUUUCAGGGCAGCCGCUAGUUGUACUCUUAACCACAGCUCCUUUAGCCUUGUACAUCAAUGUGAUCCGAGGGAUCUGUGAUGACUACAGCUUGGAUUUUAGUGCUUUCUACGCCUGGAUUGGACUGUGGAACAGUUUUUUUCUUGUGCUGUAUUCUCUCUUUAACUUCAGUCUUGUAAUGAAGCUCUUUAAAAGAUCAACAGAAGAAAUCAUUGCACUUUUUAUAUCAAUCACAUUUGUGCUUGAUGCACUCAAAGGGAUUAUUAAAGUUUUUAAGAAAUAUUACUACCAUGAGCACCAAGGAGACAGUUACUUGGAAAGUACACGUGCCGAUGUAAUUCCAAGCCUCAGCAUCAAUACCACCUUCUUGAUGAAUUCAUCAGUGAGCAGGUCUAUGUCGCUGGAGAAUCAGACGGGCAUGAAUGAGGUCGUGCAUUAUGGACGUGAAACUGCUGUCCUUAGUCUCAUGUUGAUGCUGGGAACCCUUUGGCUUGGUCAUACACUUUAUCAGUUUAAGAAAAGCCCCUAUCUGCAUGCAAGGGUCCGCGAAAUCCUGUCCGACUGUGCCUUACCCAUAUCCGUUCUAACCUUCUCCAUCGUAGGCUCUUACUUCUUCAAGGAAAUAGAAAUGUCCAAAUUUAACUACAACCCAUCUGAGAGCUUAUUCGUGCUGGCCCCAAUCCAGUCUCUCUCAAUUGGCUCUGUAAUGAGUGCUAUGGGCCUGGGGUUCCUUCUGUCGAUGCUUUUCUUCAUAGAGCAGAAUAUAGUGGCAUCACUCACAAAUGCUCCAGAGAACAGAGUUUAUUUCAGGUUAGUGAAAGGAACAGCUUAUCACUGGGACCUCCUCCUUGUAGCUCUGAUUAACACGGGACUGUCUGUCUUCGGAUUGCCAUGGAUACAUGCUGCGUUCCCUCAUUCCCCAAUGCAUGUCCGAGCACUGGCCUACGUGGAAGAGAGGGUUGAAAACGGGCACAUCUAUGAGACGAUAGUGAGCGUGAAGGAGACACGACUGACUACACUGGUGGCCAACUUCUUGGUGGGUCUCUCACUCUUCCUCCUGCCCUUCCCACUGCAGUGGAUCCCGAAGCCAGUCCUCUAUGGCCUCUUCUUAUACAUCGCCCUGACCUCCAUUGAUGGGAAUCAACUCUUCGAGAGGGUGGCCCUCUUGCUGAAAGAACAGACGGCUUACCCUCCGACGCAUUACAUCCGCAGGGUCCCUCAGAGGAAGAUCCACUAUUUCACAGGCCUACAGGUUCUUCAGCUCCUCAUCCUCUGUGGGUUUGGGAUGUCACCAUUACCGUACAUGAAGAUGAUUUUUCCUCUCAUUAUGAUAGGAAUGAUCCCAAUCAGGUAUAACCUGCUUCCUAGGAUCAUUGAAGCAAAAUACUUAGAUGCUAUGGAUGCGGAGCACUAAAAAUGAAUCUCUGCUCUCAGAACAGCGAACAGCUUUUCAAAUCAAAAGGAAAUGGCAGCCUUGCUGAGAUGUAGAAUUAUUUAUCUGAAGUUCUCUUUUGUUUAGAACCUCCAGGACUUUCUUUCUGCUCUAGUCUGGCACUUGGAGAUAUACGGUUGAAAACCAACUGGCCAUUCAAGUUUCAGAUCAAAACAGCCUUGGAUUGAGAGGCCAGUACUCUUCUGAGUUUUGAGGCAAGCCAGCUUUAUGGAAAUGUCACCUUCUACAUCCUAAAACUUGAAGUCCCACAGAUCAAAGUGUUUCUCUUGUUGGAUUGUGCUAUGCUAGGGUUGCCUCGCGUUCCCUUUUUUAAGGGGGAUCCCUUUUUUAUACACUGUGUCCCUUUUCCCAGAACACUAUUGAGAUGUAAGGACAGUAAUCAACCCUUGCUUUACAGAUUUACUGAAUAAUUUGGAGCUUUAAUGCAAUUACCCAUCUCUCCAGUUCAUCUUCCAAAAGGAUAGCCCUAUGUCAGAGGAGCUCGUCAAGUUAUUGAUUAGUAGUGGAUGGGCUGGGAAGCAAAAGAAUAUGGUUGUGCUGAGAUUGUGUAUUUAAUUUUUUCAUGUGUACCAGAAAUGUUCAGAGGUUGGAUUCACUUUGUGAUGCUGAUGUAAUUACAGCCGCUUGGGAAUGAGUUGAACCUAUUUUACACUGUUACUUCUCAGUAAUCGAAUAUAGAAUUGUAGGUGUGUACAGCAGCAACAUUUUGGUUGUGUCCAAAUUCACCUGGAUGCUGAAAUGUGGCAAAAUUCAGUCAUGUGCAUUAAUGUUCGCAUAUACAUAUGUACAGAACGGCCUAUGUGUACAUAUAUACAUACAUAAUUUAGAUUGGUGUAUAUAUUUUGCAUAUAUAUUAUACAUAUAUUGGAUAUCUAGGCAUAUUCUUUCAAGAUAUUGAAAGUGUUCUUGUGCAAUCAGUGUUACCUGUACUAUGUUGACAUACAUUUGCCCUUUGCUUCGGUGCUUCUUUUUUCUCCUUCAAAGCCAUUCUUUGUCAAACUGCAUUAACCCAAUUACUGAUAUUUUUUAAACAUACUGCUACGUUCAAACUUUCCUUCAUUUUUCUCUAGUCCUUUGGCUUUUGUGACCUGCAUCAUCCUGUCUGAAUGCUUUCUGACAUCUGAAUUUUCCAUUUAAUUUUAAUGUACAGUAUGUAGUGAAAGUUGGUUGUUUUCUAAUCAAUAUUUCUGUUUGUCACUUCACUGUUUCAGUUUUGUAGCUACCUCCCAUUUCCCCCCACCCCCAAACAUUACAUUAUAUUUCUGUAUGAAUUCUAACUCUCCUGCUAUCUAUUUUAUCUUUUGGUUUAUUUAAUUUAGCUGGUAUUAUGGUCAGUUUUUCUAUACUUGAAGUACUGUGAAACAAGCUAUCCUGUAGCGAAUUCCAUAUUCAUCUCUAGUGCAGCCAGGGGCAAACUUUACAAGAAAAGAAAGUGGAGCAAUGAAGAUAAUUUUAAAAAGCAAAAAAUAGGAUCACAUUACAAUAAAUGCAAACAGACAGUAGAUUAGUGCAGACAAGUGUUUUUGUUUCAAGCAAAUUGUUUGCAUAAUAAUUGGCGGUGAGGUUUAUCAGAGAGAAUACAUCGGCGAUUUGGCUUUCUUUACGAAGUAAAAAAACGCAUCUCUCCAUCACUGAGAGGAACUGGGGAAGAAAGCUCAUAAGCUAAAACCAAACUUAUAAACCCAAACUCAAUAACUAGUUUGCUUUUAAUAACACUCAAAGGGAUUCCAUCAUAAUGCAAUUGCCUACAGCUUUGAAGGAAACUACUGAGAGCAGAGUGUUCAGUUUCUCUUUGAAGUUUCAUAAGUUUCCCAUUGACAAUCCAAUGAAGGAGCACCAGGUUGUUCCUAAGGGUUUAUAUGUUACUGUCGGGGAUAAACAUUUAGCACAGUGAUUGCAGGGAAAUUGAUUCUCUACUUCAUUAGCCAUCUAAGCAGCAUUGUAUUACCUUGAAAAUGUAACCUUAUGUUCUACUCAACUCCUGCGGAUGUGCUGUGAGGGGCAUGGCCUAAUUUGGCCCUCUUAAUAAAUGAAACGUGGGCAUUGCCAUUAAUUUGUUUUUACUAGGAAUGUCUUAGCACACCAAAAAGAAAUCGCUGUAGUAACAUACAUGGCUAACUAACUAACAAACAGAUCUGACACUUUUUGCAUGAUCCGGAACAAGAAGAUAAGAAUUAAAGGCAACUAAAUUAUGCACAUUGACUAAUAUUCUUAAUCCUGGAAUCAGGUCUAUAGUAGGCUUGCUAGCAGUCAUUGCAGAAGUUUCAAAUUAAAGUUUAUUCAUUUUUUUAACGUCACCUAAAGAUGAGGUGAAUGUUCAGCAAACAAGACUGUUGUAUGGUCCAGGGGGCAGUCUGUGCCAGUCCACACAAAAAAGACCAGGUGACUCAAAAAGAGAACAGUGUUGAUAUCCAUGGUCGGAUAUGAAUUGCAAUAAGACAGUUCUCCAACAAAUUCUUUCCUUCCCAGUGUAAAACACAUUGAAGUGAAACCCCCUGAAAAGAAGGUUGGGUGUCUCAAAUACUUUGGAGUGACCUGCGUGUUGAAAACAUGGGUGUUCAAACUACACAUUUGUUGUGUUGUGUAAUUGAUGCUUGGGCUCCCACUGUUUGUGUUUCUAACAGCAGCCUUCACAAUGUGAAAAAUCAGACUCCAUGCAUGAGAGGGUAUAAAGCACACGAUGGAUCCCCUGACUGGGAGCGGGGCGUGAAUGCUGCAUGCAAAGCAGCUGUUUCAAGUAAAAGUCCAUAGGUGAAAUUCAUCUCUGUGCAGUCUCAUGGAGCAUAAGUUGUCCAUAGGUUUUGGGUUGACCCCUGCACAGGAGGUGAAUUUUGCUGUACACAUACAAUAAAUCUAGUUACAGAAAAGCCUAUGAGCGUACCUGCAAACUGCAUGAAAAUAAUGUAGGACGAAAAAGGAAAAGAAAACCCUAAACUAUGUGCAAUAGAACAGCUACCAUAGGGUUCAUUGUUCACCUUGUAAACUUACAUGAGUUACCACGACCUGUCAUUUUUUGCAUUGGCAGACUGGGUGUGUUGCACUUAACAAAAGCCCUGGCAGGAGUAACCUAUUUUAAAUGAGCUCUUUCUCAGUUUCUUGAAAGAACCAAAAAUGCCCUUUACUUUUCUCUAAGUCUCUCUGAAAAUAGCAGUCCAGAUGCAGUGACAAACGUCGCUGAGUUAAGCAAUGUAAAAUAUAGAAGUAGUUACACUUCAAUAUGGUUUGGAGGCAAAUUAACCCUCACAGCUAAAAUAAGCACCCUAACUACUUCUAUAUUAAGUUGUUGUUUUGGAACAGUUUGUGAUGCAAUUUCAAUCUCGCGUGUAUUUUCUUUUUACCAUAAACAUGACUUUGAUUUUUUUUUUCCCCAGGGUUUUCACUAUAUAAAUCAUGGGCCAGAGAAUCAACUGAUGUAAAUUAUCAUCAGUCAAUGCAGUCAAUAGCACUAUUCCUAUUUUCCCUAUCUGAGGAUCUGGCCCUACAUUCUAAUCUAUGGGUAUCAGAUGAAAAGCUUGACUAUGUCAGAAUGUCUUGAAUUCUAUCAGGCUCACAAGGUACUGGUAAUGAUGAUCCUAUUUCAGGCCCAAAAAAGUCAGGAUUUUCAUACAAGUACCUUUCCCUUCCUGUUACAAAUGAAAGUUCUUUUGCUUCUCUUUUUACUGAUGUAAGCAGGCAUUUCCAGGAAGUAGGCUAACUAAGAAAAGAGAGUUUGCUAAACAGAACUAUUUCUGCACUUUAAUACCUGUGUGAAGGUUAAGACAGUUAGAAUGUAAUAACCAAAAGUUUUCUUUUAUUAUAAGCUCUUUAGAUAGAUAUGCACAAUGUUAUGUAUAAAUAUUGCCAAAGAACUGGAUCUGAAAAGAUGACGAUUGCUGUUAAUUAAGAGGGCCUUGUGCUGUAUUCUACUGGAGUCAGACGGUAGUAAAUACCUGUGAAAUGACUGGAAUUUUGUAACCUAAAUUAGUUGCCAACAUCUGCCAAAAUUAUGAGGGUACUGGGAAAUAUAAUACACUUUUUUUAAAAGGCUGUAGUUUGUAGGCACUUAAUGGUAUCGCUAGAAGUCAUCCUGAUCAGGUGGAAAUGUAAUAUUAAUUGAUAAAUAGGUCUGCUGGUUUGAAAGUUCUUUUUAAAGCUGAUGAAAUGCUGUUGCUACAUUACACAUUGAAAUGGAUAUGUUGAGGUUUGUUGUGUGUAUUAAAGAAUGCUGGUGCUCUAUGGGCUGCUGAAUGUGCCUUCCAGAUUGCUCAGAAACUAACACACAAAAAUCUCCACCAAGCAGCGGCGAAGUUUGAAAAGCCUUAUUGGAUGGUAAAAGCUAGCUGGUUACAUACCACCGAGUCACUGUUAGGGUAGUGACAUAAAAAAAUUCAAACUACUUUCUGGCCAAACAUGCUACUUGGUGAAACAUCCCAAGGUAGAAUCAGAUAACUGUACUGUGAGAAACACACAUCACUGAUGAACUGCCCAUGAAUUAAGGAUACAAUCAUAUAAAAACAAAUACAGUACACUAAGAUGCUGAAAUAUGACCAUUACAAGCCCUUGACUCGCUGCAUAUCACAGUAGGACCACACAAAAAAAAAUCUUGAUGCACCCAGCUUCUAAAACAUGCAUCUCCAACUGAGCCACCGAAUUAAGCCAGCUUUUGGAGAGGUGUGCACCUUCCAUUUCACUGCAUUGAAACCAUCAGGAAAACAUAGUUCAACAGCAUGAUCUUGGGAGAAGCAGGAAUUUUGGUUCAAGCUGAUUGGAUUGUAGAUCUAGAGUUAAUCGGAACAAACAUUUCAUUUGCCAUCUCGAAGAGAGAGGAAAGUAACGUCAAUGGGAGAAGAUAUAUUGAUCUCACCUCAAGAACAGCCAUCAUGUUCCAGAUUUCUGCUAAGCAUUCACUUUGCACAUGUUGGAAUA